UAAUAUAAGAAUUACUAGUAAUUUUAAAAAAACAUUAAAUACUCAAUUCUAUAAACAAUCUCUCUAGUUAUAAUUAAAUAAUCUUUCUAAAUUUUAACUGCUUCUUAUUAUUGCUCAUUAUUUGUUACAUUCAUUUCUUAUAAAAGAAAAUGAGUUUUAAAUUAUUUCCACUUUACAUUAAGAUAUUAUCUAUCAAAAACUUAGUCAUCAUCUAUUCAAUCUCUUUAUUAAUUUAAAAUCAUAGCUAAUAGAAAUUUUGAUAAAAAUACAUCUUUUUUUAUACUGA